AUGCAAGCAACUAGGGAGGAGAAGAUGGAUUGUGCUACAGCCUCAGCCAAGGGUGGGAGGGAGAAGACCACAGUCAUCGUACAAGAACAGGCGGAGAGGGUGGCGGGUUGUGAUCCGGUGCAGAAAGAAGCGGUGAUGCGGGAGAGAGACGCGGCGGCGCGGGAGAGAGACGCGGCGAUGCGGGAGAGAGAGGAGAUGCAGUACAACGCGGAGAUGCACAAGCGGGAAGCUCAAGACGCUGUGGGGCGGGAGAAAGAUGCCCGAUACGACAUAUCCCCUGUUGAUGCUGAUGAUGCGGGAGUGUCUGAUCGUCCUGACAACACCAACACCGCUGCCCAGGAUGCUGCUGAGGAUCCCACCACUACUACGAAGGAUGCUUAG